UCGAAGAUGAUGAACAAACACGUCUCUUUACAACAUUUUUGGGUGUGGCCACCAAUUUUUCAUCGUCUAGUUUUGCUGAUCGUCUAUCAAGUGUGCCUAAAGUAGUGAAGAGUAUUGCUGAUCUUCUUGAUGCAAUGCGUCGUGAAGUCGAAGAAUUUGCUGAUAUUGCCAAUCAAUUCGAAGAACUUGUUUACAUAUUUGGUAAACUUGUGAUCGAUACACAACAUAAAAUGGGCUUGAUUUUACCUCAUAUGUUUGAAGCUAAAGAUCAUC